AUGCCAUCACAAGCAUCUACAAACCUUGCUGCAAGUACAUCUCAACCCGCAAAGCCUAAUCGACAUUCCACCUCUCACCGUCCCACAAAGCCUAAGCAACUCGAUGCAUCUCAAAAAUUAAUUGUUGAUUUUUUCACGGAAUUAUGCAUUGAUGCUCCUCUGCCAUACCAAAUGAGCGCUUGUAAUGAAAUGCUGAUGAAACUGUCCCAUGUGGUGAAAAAUGGAGAAACCUUAGACAUGGACACUGCGCAUUUUGCAGUCCGUGAAACAAAGUGCCUUAACGAAUUGUUGAAAGAGCAGGAAACGUACAUAUCAAAGAUGGAUCAGUGGCAUGGCGAAGCAGUGGUUCAGAUUCAGAAUUUGGCGGCUGAGAAUGAAGAAUAUAAAAAACAAAUACGCGAUUUGGAAGAUCGCCUCUGUAAUGCCGAAGCCAAACGUAUGACCAUAGAAGUACCCGAGGACUUCAGGAAAAGAAAACAAACAAAAGUUAUAAAUUUCGGCAAAUACGACACAAUAAAACCAUGGAUCGAACAUAUAGAGAAUCACAAUGCAUGUUUCGAUGUAAUUGAUGAGGUGAAAAUAUCAAUCGCAAAGGUGUGCAGUAUCAUCAAUCAGGAGUCAUUGUUCAAAGAACUGCACAAUCUGCAAAAUGCCAAAAGCAUGCAGGUUUUCCUGAAAGCUUUAUGUUACGUCUGCUAUUACAACUUCUAUCUGACCAAAGACAAUGAUGCUAGAUGA